AUGCGGGGCGUCGCCGCCCAGAACUACCGCAACCUGUGGCACCGGGCUCACCGCCGGCACGUGGGCCGGGGCGCGCAGGGCUCGUCUCCUGCCAAGGAGGGCGGUGCCGCUGCCAAGGAGCCGCCCGUCUGCCCCAACGUCCUGCGCGCGGAGGCCCUCCUGGAGUCCGCCGACACGCUGUACGUCAUCCACCCCUACGUGCAGUUCUGCUUGCACGACGUCGUCACCUUCAGCCCCGCCAAGCUCGCCAACAGCCAUGCCAAGGUCCUCUUCCUCCUCUUCCACGUGCUGCAGGCCAUGAAGGCCUGUCACCAGGCGGGGCUGGCCUGCGGCCCCUUCUCCCUGCGCGACGUGGCCGUGGACGAGAAGCUGUGCAGCCGCCUGAGGGUCCGCCUCGGCGGGUACGAGAGGCCGCUGGACACGGAGGGGCCCUCGAGAGCUGGUGAAGAGCAGGGAGCUGAGAAGGGCAGGCCCGUGCCACGUCUGGGGCAGGCGGCCAGGUGCGUGGCCUGCCAGCGGGAGCUCAGGGACCUGGUGCUGGACUGGGUGCACGGGCGCGUUAGCAAUUUCCACUACCUUAUGCAGCUGAACCGCCUGGCUGGGCGCCGGCUGGGGGACCCCAACUACCAUCCUGUCCUGCCCUGGGUGGUGGACUUCACCAGCCGCAACGGCAAGUUCAGGGACCUCAGGAAGUCCAAGUUCCGCCUCAACAAGGGCGAUAAGCAGCUGGACUUCACCUACGAGAUGACCAAACAGGCAUUUGUGGCGGGCGGGCUGAGCGGGGAGCAGCUCCACGUGCCCCACCACAUCUCUGACGUGCUCUCGGACAUCACCUACUACGUGUACACUGCCCGCAGGACGCCCAAGGCCGUGCUGUGCUGCCACGUGCGGUCCCAGUGGGAGCCCAACGAGUACCCGGCCAGCAUGGAGCGCAUGCAGAGCUGGACCCCUGACGAGUGCAUCCCCGAGUUCUUCACAGACCCCACCAUCUUCAAGUCCAUCCAUCCCGACAUGCCUGACCUGGACGUGCCAGCCUGGUGCGGCUCCUGCGAGGAGUUUGUGGACGUGCACCGCGCGCUGCUGGAGAGUCGGGAGGUCUCCCAGGACCUCCACCACUGGAUCGACCUCACGUUCGGCUACAAGCUGCAGGGGAAGGAUGCCAUCAAGGAGAAGAACGUUUGCCUGCACCUGGUGGACAACCACACGCACCUGACCACCUACGGGGUGGUGCAGCUCUUCGACCAGCCACACCCCCGGCGCAUGGUGGGACCUGUCUAUACGCCUGCCAUUGCGCCGGUCAUUGCUCGGCCUCUUGUCCAGAACAUCGGAGAGGCGCCGGCCCCGGAGGAUGCCCAGGCCCAGGCAGCCGAGGGGCCGGAUGGGCUGGUCAUGGAGGCCGUCCCCAGUGAGACCAGCUGGUCCGGAGACAAGGCUGUCAGCACCGAGGACGACUUGGAGCAGGGCACCGAGGCUCUGGAUUCCAUUCCUGCCGCGGGCAGAGCGGCUGACCAGUCCUGCCCUGGCACCCCUUCAGCUCACCCCGCCAGCCUCCCCGCCGUGGCUGCAGAGGGCAAAGCUCCCAGCACCCGGCCGACUCGAAGGAGCAAGCCCGGCGGCACGGACCAGACUGACAGGGACGAGAUGAAGAUUGCGCUUCCGGAAGGGUUCAGUCCUCUGCAGGCCCUGGAGGAGCUGGAGAAACUGGACAACUUCCUGGUCAGAGGCCUGAACAGCGAGAUAGAGCUCACGGAGCAGCUGGAGGUGGAGCUGCCCUUGGGCCUCUCAGACCUGUUCCAGAGAGACAUGCAGGCACUGGGGGUCCUGGUUGCUGAGCUGGUGUUUGCCCCAAGGAUUCGCGCCUUGAAGCCAGAUGCGUCGCUGCUGGAGCGGUUCCUGAUGGUCCGCAGCCUCUGCCGGUACUAUCCAAAGGAAGUCCCGGCGCCACUCCAGCACAUGCUGGGUGUCUUGCUGCAGCUGAGUGUGCCUGUGGGGAGGCUGCUGAAGAGCCCAGUGGCCAGGAGCAGGGUCCAGCUGUUUGAAUACGAGCCUGUGUCCCAAGGCCUCCCGCCGCCCUGCCCCUUGCAGCUCCUUAGCCCCUUCAGCUCAAUCAUUCCCUUCCCGCCCUACUUCCCUGCUCUGCACAGGUUCAUUUUCACCUACCAGUCCAGGAAGGUGGAGGAUGAGGGCCAGGGCCGCGAGCUUGUCUUCCAGCUGUGGCAGCAGCUGGAAGAGAUACUCUGUGAAAUCACUCCCGAGGGCCUGGAGAUCCUGCUGCCCUUCAUCCUGUCUCUGAUGUCUGAGGAGAACGCGGCAGUCUACACUGCGUGGUAUCUCUUCGAGCCCAUUGCCAAAGCUUUGGGCCCAAAGAAUACAAAUAAGUAUCUGCUCAAGCCCUUGAUCGGUGCGUACGAGAACCCCUGCUACCUCCACGGCCGCUUCUACCUGUACACGGACUGCUUCGUGGCCCAGCUAAUCGUGCGCUUGGGGCUGCAGUCCUUCCUCUCCAACCUGCUGCCCCACAUCCUGCAGAUUCUCGUGGGCAUUGAGAGCUCCCAGGAGGAAAGCAAGGCCCUGCUGGGAGCCGCAGAGGAUGAAGAGAGUGGAGGGGGCAGCCCAGUGUCUUGUGCUUUUGGGGAGGAGAUCAAAAUGGACGUAGAUCAUGGCUCUGUAACACUCGACCUCCUGGAUUACACGUCGGGUGUCAGCUUCCAUGACCAGGCCUACCUGCCUGAGGGUGAGGACUUCCAGAGUGGCCUCUACGUGGGCGAGUCGCUGCAGCCCCAGGAGCAGGAGCUGCUCAGCCUCGGGCGGCUGAGCGACAAGAGCAGCGCCAGUGAGGUGUCGCUGGGAGAGGACCGGCCUGCUGACGGGGACUCCCAGAAGGAUAAGAGCAGCCUGAAGUCCAUGGACAGCAGCCAAGACCUGAAGCAGAGCGAAGACGAGGAGGACGAGGACGAGGACGAGGACGAGGAGCAGCAGCAGGAGGAGGAAGAAGAGCACGAUGAUGCCACGGUGGUUGCUGAGCUGAGCCUGCCUGAAGACACUGGCAGCUCUGUGGAUGCUGCCCUGGCUGAUGACCACAGUGAGCCAGGGGAGGAGCAGGAGCCGGAGCCAGAGCAGGAGCUGCAGGAUCAUUUGGAAGACAAAGAGCAGACAAUCCUCCUGGGUAAGGGCCCCCUGGUGAGGGGGUGAGAGGGGAAACGGGUGCCAUCC